GCUUCAAAUCAGCACGAAGCAGUGUUUGAGGCAUAAUCAUGAAGCAGUCGGCACUUUUGCUUUUAGUUUCUUUAGCAUUUACUGCUGCAAUCGACUAUUCUACUCUUCCCGAAAUCUCCUACAAGGGCAGAACUUUGGGAUCCACUGACAGACUUAUUUACAAGUACGAAAAUGACAUUUUGAACGGAAUCAAUGGCGUAUCUGAACAAUAUGCUGGACUUAAAAUCAGAGCUGACUUGGUUGUCGAAAUGGAAUCUGAUAUGGGAUUCAAAUGCCAAUUGCAAAAUGUCCAACUUUUGGGCGUUAAGCGCAUGGAAUUACCCACUCCAUUCGAUCAACCAAUCAGAGGUGAAAUGACUCCUUUGACCAACGUUGAUGAAUUGAUCGAACAACUUGAAUUGCCCUUCGGAGCUAAAUUCACCGAACAGAGAAUCGUCUCUGGCCAAAUCUAUUGUCACAGACAAGACACUGAAUGGUCCAGAAACGUAAAGAGAUCCAUCAUCUCUACUCUCCAAAUCAACGUUCCACAAUACAAACUCAAGGAAAACCAACUCGUCAACUUCGAAGAACGUGAUGUUGUUGGAACUUGCGAAAGCAGCGUUGUUGUCUCCAGAGUCAACCCUGAAGAUGAGACCGAAAUCGCUUUGACCAAGGUUCGCAACUUUAACAACUGCCGCAACGCCGAAGUUGCCCCAAUCUACAAAUAUUCCUUGUCUGGUGUUUCUAUGUGCAAUGAUCUCCCAGAAAGAAGCUUGGAAUGCAAAUACCAAGUUGUUCCAUCUAACAGAGUUGAAUACAGACUCCGUAGAGUUAGCGGAAACUCCAAAUGGGAACAUAUGUUCACCGCUGUUCAACAAAAGACCGUCUACUUUUUGCCAAUGACCCAACAAACCACCACCACCAUGGCAAUCUAUGGUCUCCAAAGAUUCAUGUUGGAAACUAUCCAAUCUGAAUCCAGAAGAGAAACCCCAAUCCCAGAAUUGGAAGAAACCACCUACAGACGUUACGACAUCGAAUUUGAAGUCAACGAAAAACAAUUGCUCCCAGAACAAAUUGUUAAGGAAACCGAACUUUCCGAAACUGAACAAGAACAAUUGGUAAAAACCAUUGUUUCCGAAAUCAAUAGCCUCCACCAACACAUCAGAGUUGGAUCCGAAGAAGUUAAGCAACAAUUGGAAAGAACUGUUGGCUUGAUCAGAAAAUGCACUCCACAAAUGUUGACCACAAUCUACAAAGAACUUUCUGAAAAAGAAAAACAACUAAUCUUUGCCGACUUGCUCCCAACUUGUGGAACCCCAGAAUGCGUUCAAGUUAUUCUUGAAGCCAUCAAAACCGAAAGAGUACCCCUCCUUAAGGCUGUCAGCUACAUCAAGAUGAUCGCUUUGAACGCUCAACCAAACAAGAGAAUCAUCAAGCACAUCAUGACUCUUGGACAAAACGUUGAAAAGAAGACCCUUAAGAGACCAUUGAUACUCGCUGUCGGUACUUUGACCAACAGACUUCUCCAAGUUUACCAAGUUGCUGGAAAGGAAGAAAAAAUCAUCAACUUUGUUGAAGAAAUCCAAGAUUCCUUGAUCAGAAUUGUCAAGAGCGAAACCAGAAAUGUUGAACUCUGCAGAUGUGCCCUUAAGGCUCUUGGAAACAUGAAAUGCAGCGAAAACAAAUACUACGAAAUCAUUAAGCUUAUUGAAAAAACCGAAGUUCCAAGAGAAUUGAGAAUCGAAGCUGUUGAAGCUUUAAGAAAGACCAUUUCCACCCGCAGAGUUGAGGAAAUCCUCCUCAGAGUCUUCCUUAACAUUAGAGAAGAUGUUGAAUUGAGAAUGUACGCCGUUGAAAGAUUGAUCGAUCAACAAUGCAGUCUUGAAACUCUCCAAGUUAUCAUUCAACACCUUCAAAACGAGCCAGACAUGAACUUGCAAUCCUAUACUUACUCUCUCUUGAAGACUCUUUCCGAAAUCGAAACCCCAUCCCCAAUCUACUAUAAAUUCAUCGAAAAACUUAGACUCUUGAUGAUCACCAACAGACUCCCAACCUUCUCCCCAAAAUACUCUCACACCUUGAAGGCCUGGAACCUCGAUCUUGAAUCCAAGACCGGAAUCUACGCCUACUUGCAAUAUACCUACAGCAGAGUUUCCCAAGUUAUCCCAACCUGGCUUAAACUUAAGACCUUCACCCCAACCAUGGGACAUUACACCAGACUUUUGGAAGUCUCCAUGAGAAUCCAAGGAUUGAACGAAUAUACCGAAAAAUUCCUCGGCAGAAAACUGAACUUGAUCCCACAAUUGUUUAGCGAAGAUAUGUCUUUCGAAAGACUCACUCAACUCUUUACCGAUGAAGAAAUGAAGAUGCCAAGAGAAUUCUUGAACUACUUCAUGAACAACAAACAUACUUACAACACCAUGGAUGUUAAUGAACCAACCGGAUUAGAGAUUAACGUCCGUCUUUUCGACUACGAUCUCAUGUUCGCUGAUUUCGAAUGCCUUAAGGAAAUUGUUAUGGAUACCAUUGAAAAACUCAUGUCUACCGCCAUGAGAGGAUCUCCCAUGGAACAAGUUAAGGAAAUAGUUGAAAGACUUCACCAAGGAGUCAGAAUCCAAACCACCAACAUCUAUUCCUCCGUAAAUGCCAUGACUUUGGUCCCAACCCCAACCGGAUUUGCUUCUGCUUGGAACACCACUUUCGCCUGGAUCAGUCACCUUAAUGGAAAACUCCAAAUCCAAACUAGACCAUCCCUCAGAGAAUGUAUUGAAGAGAGAAGACUCCCCCAAAAGAUCGUCAUCAAGACCAAUGGACAAACCUUCCAACAAAGAACUAUCACCUUCUUCAGAAACAAGUUGGUCAGCAUGAUCCCACAAUUGUCCCAAGGAGUUAUGUAUGAAGGAUUCCUCAGCACCUCCCUCCCAAUCAAUGGUGAAUGGCAACUUGUCCAAGGAUCUGAUAGAAAUACCUUGAUGAUCCAAGGAUUGUACGUACCAUCCACUGAACAUAGACCAACCAUUGUCUCAUACAUCAGACCAGUCACUUUCGUCGAAUACCCAGAACACGAACACUUGACUCCUCUUGUAUCCAAGAUGACCACCGAACCAUACACCAUCGAAAAAUUCAUUGAAUUGCCAUACCUUGCAAAGAACUUGAAACUCCAAAUCCAAUCUUGCAUCAGAAAGACUCCCGUAUCCUCUCUUGUUCCUUUCGCUUGCCCCAACAAGAUGGAACUCGUUUUGGAACCAAUUGUCCCAACCCCAGUUAGAUUCAGUUUGGAACUUAGACCAUUCCAAACCAUCCAAAGACCAGAAACCGGAGUUUACGAAACCUUGAGAAAGGCUUUGUUCGGUGAAGAAGAAGUCAAAUACGCUUUGGAAGAUAAUGAAUCCCGUAUCUCUUACACUUUCGGAAGAGGCAGUGAAGGAAGAACUGUCUACAAGAACUCUCUCAGAUUGAGAAUCGUCCAUGACACCACCACCGAUCUUUCCAUUGCUGAGCCUAAGGCUGAUUUCACUUUCCAUUGGGUCUUUACCCCUGAAUUCACUCAACAUCAAUUCGCUUUGAUGAUGAAACAAUCCGUCCUCCCUGAAUUGUACGUCAAGGGACAUUUGAUCGUUCCAUCUCUCUGCAUGAACAGCAUGUGCGAAAGACAAGAAUUCGCUGGACUCACCACCUUCUUGAACAGACGCCGUGUAUCCAUGGUCAAAUUGUUUGUUGAUGAUGUAGAAUCAAUCAACAAAUUCCUCGGAAUCCAAAACGAAAGAUGCUUCAACAGACAAACACAAUCUUUGAAGAAAAUCCUUCCCGAAACCAUCCGCAUGAAGGUCCAGACCAGCCCAGUUGCAUUGCACUUCAUUCCAGAAGGACUUGUUAACACUUUGGUUGUAGCUCAAGAAACUCUUCUCCAAGGUCUCAGAAAGGUUUCCGAUGUAUCCCUUAGAUACCUCCCAUCUCUUCCCCUCACUGAAACUGAAAUGUACAUGAAGAUGUGCCCAGCUUUGGGCAAAGUUGACAUUGUUGCCAACUUGAUGAAACACUCCAUCAGAAUCACCAACAUCCGAGCUUUCCAAUACUUGACUCCCCAAGUUCUUCCAGUUCCAGUUAACACUCAACCACAACCCAUCCGUCAAAUCUUCCCCGCCGGUCUUUCCAGAUCCCUCUGUGUCAAGACAAGCAAAUUUGUCAAGACCUUCGAAAAUGUUGAAUACCACACCAACGAAGAAACUGAAUGCGAAUCCGUCUUGGUCAAGGACUGCCGUCGUAUGCCAAAAUGGAUGAUCACUUCCAAGAUCUUCUCUAACGCUCACCAACAAAUCAAUGCCUACUAUGGCAACGAACAAAAACUCGAACUCGUCCCAAGCACCUGGGGAGAACUUCCAGAAGUUAGAAUCAACGGAGAACGCAAAGAAAUCGAAGAAUUCUCUACCCUUAGAAUCCCAGCCAAAUACAACCCAACUUUCAUCACCUGCACUAAGGAAGGAAGACAACUUGUCUGCGAAUGCGAAACUCUCGGAUGGAAGAUUGUCAGCGACAGCUACAAAGUUAAGGUAACCGUUGCCCCAGAAAUCAGAAACUACGUCUGCGGUCAAUGCGGCAAUGAUGAUGGAGUUAUGGAUACCGGAAAACUCACUUCCCACACUAUCUCAUUGAGAUCAAAAUGUAGAGUUGAACGUGAACCACUCAGAGAAUGUCAACCAAUCUACAAACACAAAGUUAGACAACAAACUAACCCAAGAGGACCAAACAAGGUCUGCAUCUCCGUCCUUGCCUUCCCAGAAUGCUCCAAGAACUGCCAAGUAGUCGAAAAAUUCUCCAGAGGCAAAUUGCAACCAGUCAAAUACUAUUGUAUGGAGAAGGAAUACGCCAUCAGCAAGGGAUACUUGCCAGAAUCUUUCGAAGGUGAAAGCGUCGAAUCUGUAGGAGAUCUCGAAAGAGACAGCAGCUUUGAAGUUAUGACUGAAAGACUCUUGGACGUUGUCGAUACCUGCAAGGUUAGAGGAUGGUAAGAAGAUAUCAUAUGAACUUAAUUGGAAAUGUAUAAUGGACUCAGCAUUUUAUUAAAAUUUAAUUGUUUUUGGACCUAAAAAGGUUACAAAUGCUGUUAACGUUUAAUAAAAUAUAAAAACAAAAAUUUAGCAUAAAAAAAACUAAAAAAAUUGAUUUUUUUCUGCUUAAAUGUACUUAAGUAAUAAUUUUAACUUAUUAAAAAUAAAAUUCAUUUAUGAUCCC